AUGAAGUCCAGUUUUAAUACAAUCAUUCGUCUUGAAAAUGGUAAAACAGUUACAGCUAAGUGGUAUGCAAAUGAAUGUCUUACACAGGUGCUCAAACAAGUGGAGAAACAUCGAUGUCUCAAUGGUCUUCUUAUUCAUCAUGACAAUGCACCUGCACACAGGGUAGCACUAACGAUGGAAUAUUUAGAUACUCAACACGUCAAAUUGAUGGGCCAUCCAGCAUAUUCACCAGAUCUAACUCCGUGUGAUUCUUGGCUGUUCCCAAAAAUUAAAUAG